AUGGCGGACGAGGCAACGGCCGCAAACGACGCUGGGACGAGCAAGCGCCCAUACAAUGCUGCAACUAGCCUGCCAACUCUCUUGCCUGCACCCUGCACCCCCGCGCAAGCUGACAGGGAGGAUCAGUCUCGACAGAUCGACCCAAGUCAUGCUGGAACACCCGACCCGGAAACCCACCGCGAGAAAACUACUUCGAACCCAUCCAAAAAGCCCAAGCGAGCCCAACAAACGACGGCCAAGAACCCGACUCGCCCUCCGAAGAAUGAACUUCUAGACCCGAGGAAGUUCAAAGAAGAGAUGGUCUCGUGGUGCCUUGACAACUGGGGGGCGCGAGCAUACGUGGUCUACGAAAACGACCAACUCGACGGGACCAGCCUCUGGAGUCCUACCUUCGGGCAAGAGGGAUCACCAGAAGGGAUUACCAUCUUUGAUGGGUUUGACCGUACCUGGUUUGUCCCUAUCGAGGAUAGAUCCCCACUUCCCUUAUCCAAACUGCCCAUCGCUGAGAGUCUUCAGAAGAGACAAGAUGCCAUGGUUGCCUUAUCUUCUGGCGAUGGCUGCGUUGCGCUUUACAACAAAGUCAGGAUUUUUAUGGAGCAAGAGGCCAGAUCAAUGUGCCAGAACGAAUGGGAUGGCAACAGGAAUAAACCGAACCUACCCCCUAUGAACUGGACAGACGUCAGAUCGAAAUUUAGCCUUCCCCUGAUGCUCAGAAUGAUUGCCAAGACUCGCCUCAUCGAUGGAAGGGCGCUUCUUCCCGGAUACUACCAAGUCAGUAUUGUCGAGCUUACAACAGAGGGAAAGCUCAUGGUACGACGCGUUAGCAUACCGCCUGAUGUGGAAAUUGCAGGAGUCCUCCUCCGUCUUGACACUUGGUUUCCCGUGGAUGACGAACAAACACAAGAGGUCUUCAAGGCGAUCCGGAAGAAACUCAACAUUGUCUUACAGAACGGAAAUGAUGCGGGCAAGAAGAUGGCACAGGGGUGUCUGAGAGACCUCGAAAAGCCGUUGUACAAUCCUGCCCGAGAGGGAGCCAAAUGGGUCUUUAAGCUUCAUUCGCGAGAGAACUACACAGUCCCGGUCGGCAAGGGACCCGGCAAGCUCUCUUCGUGGACAGAUCUUAAAGAUGAAGGUUCUUUAAAUGUAUUGAAAGAGGGAGUCUGUGCGGGGAGACACCCUGUUGUUAUUCGGUCCUGGAAGAUUCAACUGCGUCGAAUGUGGCCGCGAGUGGACGAGCUAGAAGACUACCUUCUGCCGACAACAUAUGGGGAACCAGAGCUUACGGAUGAGCAACUCGAUGUUCUGGACACCCUCCUAGCGGAGCAAACCGACGAGACAAGAGAACAGGGCCGACGCCUAGCGCGAGUGCUCAGCUGGCUGGAUAAACCGACGUAUCGUCUUGAGUUCGCCGAACGUGACGAUUGUAACGAUCUUGGAAAGGAAGGAUUGGAUGAUGAGACUGUCGAUGUCGAGGAGUAG